AUGGCUCCCGCUGGUGACAUGUUGACUCCGCCAGCUCCAGGUGCUGCUGGCGUGCAAGGGAAGAAGCCUUCGGAUGCGCGACCGGAUCUGGUGACUCCUAAGACGCUUUUCAACGGCGUGGCUGGCUCCUUUGGCGCGGAAGUGGUUAACAAGCUGGCGGAACGUACAUCGGCUCUCAAGCUCCAUGAUCUGCCGACGGGAGGGAAGGAAAACAACAUGGUUAAGCCGUCUGCUGCUGGGAGCUCAUCGUCGGCUCCUGACGUGCUUGACAAAGGCAAAGCAAAGGUGGAGGACAAGGACAAUGAGGACGGCUACCUCAGCGAUGACCCAGAGGAGUGCCAAGACCCGGAGGUGCUCAACGAAAUUGCUGCGCAGGCGGGUUUCGCUAUCACCCUGCUGGUGCCGUUUGCCUGGAACAAGGAGGUUCCUCGCACCAUCAACACGGUUCGUCAUCUCCUGCUGGUGUGGGGGAAGCAUUUGUCGGAGAAUGUCAGGACCACGACCGGUUUCCAACAGCUAUCGGCUACCUACCUGUCCAAGCAGCAUUUCGGCCGGAUGCAAGUGGUCUUCCAGCAGGAGGCUGAUGCGUGUUUCGUCUGGAGCCGGGAAGUGGAACACUACACGAUGAAUGACAAGAAGCUUACGCUCGGCUGGCAGCACCCGGAAAACGCCAGUUAUCUGAAGGAGCGCGCGCUGCAUCCCGAGGCGAUUGAGGUGCUGCUCAAGGGGGUCCCGGCGGUGAUCUCCCCGGAAAUGAUCCGGAAGAACCUGGUGACGGCGAUGCUGAUGAAGCGGGGUCGUUCCACAGGGUCCUGGAUCCUGUGGUUGCAGCAGCGGACCCCCAAGCUGACUUCUGUGUCGCCUCCCUCCCAAGCAGCUGCUUCUCUGAAGCUGUCAGCGGCGGCGAAGAUCAUCAUGACGGAUCCGGCGAUCUCCCUGACUUCGGUGGGAGGGGUCCGGGAGGAAUGGAUCUGUGUGCAAGAGGAGUGCGGGAAAGCUCACGGGAACAAUUUCGAGCAGGCGGUGGAGCAUGCUCAGUCGCAGCGUCACUGCUCUGGCCUUCUCAAGGCGGGAGCUGCUACCCGGCAGAGCAGGGGGAAACAGAAUCUGGCGGAAGUCCGGAAGGAGUAUGGGAAGUAG